CUGGGCCUUUAAUUGUUUUGCAUCCGGAGCAGCUCCCUCUUUUCCUCAGGCAGUCACAGGCCAGGAUCCUGCCGACAACAACGCAGCUACAACUGGUUUGUUAACAAGUGUGCUGCUGUUGCUGCUGCCCAGUGGUUCACUAUGGCCCAGAACCAGGUGAUCCUGCAGUUCCGAUUCGCGACGUUCGGGGACUCCAUGCUGCAGAAGAUGAACCUUCUUCGACAUCAGAGACGCUUCUGUGACGUCACCGUCCGUAUCAACCAGUUAGAGGUCCCUGGUCACAAAGUGGUGUUUGCUGCUGGCUCGUCUUUCUUGAGGGACCAGUUUAUUCUACAGCAGGACUCCAAGGAGGUCCAGAUCUCUAUGAUCCAGGAGGCAGAAGUUGGCCGACAGCUGCUGCUUUCCUGUUACACUGGUCAGCUGGAGUUUCCUGAGCUGGAGCUCGUGCAUUACCUGACAGUGGCCAGCUUUCUUCAAAUGGGCCACAUCGUUGAGCAGUGCACCCAAGCCCUCAGCAAGUUCAUCAAACCUCAGGCCUCACGCCAGCUGGAGGUGGAUCUGGACAUGAGGAGGGAGAAGGGAGGCGAGGGUUCAUCCUCUCAGGCUCAUAGGGAGCAUGAGUGUUCCGAGGUGCGGACUGUACCUGAGGGAGAGGAAGAGGACGAUGAGGAGGAGGAGGAUGAAGCGGUGUUGAUGGGCCAGGUUGAGGGAGACAACAAUGGUGAGAGUGAUGAUGAUGAUGAUGAUGAUGAUGACGACAUCAUAAUGCAGCCCAAGAGCCCUGUCCAGGUUUGGAGGAGGCGUCCAAGGCCAGGUUUGGUAGAAAGUGACAUCACCAUAGUAAAAGUGGAGUCUGUGACUGAUGUAGCAGAAAACACCAUCACUGGUCACUUUUCUGCCAGCCCCCCUGUCUCGCUUCACUCCCCUGAGCCCCAACACUCGCUCAUCAACUCUACCGUGGACAGCCGUGGUAGUGAGAUGGCAGUCCCACCUGGCAUGGCCGGUUACCCGCUUAGCCCUCCUCCCUCAUCCCCGCCCACAGAGAAGCACAGCGGGCACCAAAGGAACUAUGACAAACCUCUGCAGUGGUACCACCAGUGCCCUAAAUGUGCGCGGGUCUUCCGCCAGCUGGAGAACUACGCCAACCACCUCAAAAUGCACAAGCUGUUCAUGUGCCUCCUGUGCGGGAAGACCUUCACUCAGAAGGGCAAUCUGCACCGACAUAUGCGAGUGCACGCCGGCAUCAAGCCCUUCCAGUGCAAAAUCUGUGGCAAGACAUUUACGCAGAAGUGUUCGCUGUUGGAUCACCUAAACCUGCACAGUGGCGACAAGCCGCAUCGCUGCAACUACUGCGACAUGGUGUUCGCUCACAAGCCCGUUCUACGCAAGCACCUCAAACAGAUCCAUGGCAAGAACAGCUUUGACAACGCAAAUGAAGGUAGCCUGCACGAGGGCAGUCUGGAGUUUGAUUUCGGACGAAUGUAACAUUAAUUUUUUUAUCUUUUUGGUUUUCUUUAAAAAUAUGAUGGUCAGUUCUCAAAGAUCCUCAAUGUGGUCAGCUUAUAUGCUUUAAAUAGUGACCAUAACUAGGGUUGGGCAUUGAGUCUCGGGAAUUGACUGGAACUAAGAGUAACAGUAGGAUUCUCCCAGAAUCUUUCAAAUUUUAAAAUUUUGAUUCCUAGUUUCGAUACCUAGUCCGCUGACCGGAAAAAAAAGCAGCCGAACACCAACGAAGAAGAAUCUCCAGGAAGUGUAAGUGCAAGUGCCGCGUUUUUGACGGGCUGCGCCGGCCUUCCUCCGCUGUCUCUUCCUCUGGCCCAACCCUAGAAAUAAACCUAUCUGCACUUCUCCAUGGCUUCAUUACUGUGGACUGUUGUCUUCUGUGUACAAUGCAGUGCAGAUGCCUUUGUGUCAUACUUGAAACUUAAACACUGAACCACAAAUAUAAUGACUGAACAUCUUUAAAGAGCCCUGGCCUGUGUGUGGUGUCUUAAAUAAAAGGAAAACAGCAAAAUAAUCUGUUUGUAUAUUGUGUUUAAUAUCUGUAGUUGUUCUUUAUUAUCAGUAUGAAUUUGACAACAGGAUGUUUAUAAGCAGAAGAAACUUGAAAUAGUGUUGGUACUAAAAUAUUGUACUGGAGGCGUUCCGUUGUUUGUGCAGAUAGAAACUGUUUGUAUGACCUGAGCUGUUUUCUAUAGACCCAAUGUCAGAGAUAAAAUUGGACCAAAAUACCAAUGUCUUUGUUCAUGAAAAAAGAUAAAUAAAUAAAAAUUAAAUACAAAUAAUAUAAACAUUU